UUCCAGACUCCUUAUACAACCUCACAGUUGAGUCUCAGCUUUCCAUUUGUCAAAGCCUGUGAGAUCAGGUCUUAGUGACAUAGUAGCUGUUUCAUGGAUUGCGCUAUGCCCUGCAGUUGAUGGUAAAUCAACUCGGAGAAUCUAUUAAAGUCAGCCGCCCAGCUUGACGUUUUCUAAUCACUCACUAAGUCUUUGAAAAGCCUAUUUCGGACAGUAUCACUUGUCAUUAUGAAAUGUCGUCCCUUGGAGCCUCCUUUGUUCAGAUCAAGUUAGAUGACAUCCUCUUCUAUGAGAACUGUGGCGGUGGAAGCUUUGGAAGUGUUUAUCGAGCAAAAUGGAUAUCGCAGGACAAAGAGGUGGCAGUAAAAAAGCUUCUUAAAAUUGAAAAUGAGGCAGAAAUACUGAGUGUCCUUAGUCACAGGAAUGUUAUCCAGUUUUAUGGAGCUAUACUUGAAGCACCUAACUAUGGUAUUGUAACAGAAUAUGCAGGUGGAGGAAGUUUAUAUGACUACCUAUCCAGUGCCAAAAGUGAAGAAAUGGACAUGGGUCAGAUAAUGACAUGGGCAAUGGACAUAGCUAAAGGAAUGCACUAUUUACACAUGGAAGCUCCAGUACGAGUAAUCCACAGGGAUCUGAAAUCCAGAAAUGUGGUGAUCACUGCUGAAAAAAUACUGAAGAUCUGUGACUUUGGAGCCUCCAAGUUUCACUCCCACACUACUCAUAUGUCACUAGUUGGAACAUUCCCAUGGAUGGCCCCUGAAGUAAUACAGAGCCUACCAGUGUCAGAGACGUGUGACACAUACUCCUAUGGAGUGGUUCUGUGGGAAAUGCUGACUCGAGAGGUUCCUUUCAAAGGUUUGGAAGGGCUACAAGUUGCUUGGCUAGUUGUAGAGAAAAAUGAGAGGUUGACCAUUCCUAGCAGUUGCCCACCAAGUUUUGCUGAAUUAAUGAGACAGUGCUGGGAAACAGAUGCAAAGAAAAGACCAGUGUUUAAACAAAUAAUGUUGACCCUGGAAUUGAUGUCCAAGGACAGUCAGCUGCCUGAUCAGUGCAACUCCUUCCUGCACAAUAAAGCAGAGUGGAGGUGUGAAAUUGAAGCAACUCUAGAGAGGUUAAAAAAAUUGGAACGUGACCUAAGCACCAAAGAGCAAGAACUCAAGGAGAGAGAGCAACGUUUGAAGAUGUGGGAGCGCAAAUUGGUAGAGCAGUCCAACACACCGCUUCUUCCAUCAUAUGACAUUUAUACGUGGACAGAAGAACAUGUGCAUUUCUGGGUGGAACAACUUUUUAAUGAAGGAGAGUUUUCCAGCGACAUGAAGAGAUAUGCAGAAUUAAUUAAGGAAAACCACAUUACAGGCAAACGUCUACUACUUUUGACAGAAAAUGACAUGAAGGAUAUGGGGAUUAAAUCCAAAGGGCACAUUAUUCAUUUAAAGUCUGCAAUUGAGAAAUUAGCCCAAGAUUAUCUGAGUCUCUUCCAUUUUCCACCUUUGAUGAAGGAAGAUGAAUUGCAAUUAGAAGAAGAUGCCAUAAAAAUUGUGAACCUGGAACUGGUAUUUGGGUACCAUUUGAAGCCAGGAACUGGCCGAAAGGAUUGCAAAUGGAAAAUGUACAUGGAGCUGGAUGGGGAUGAGGUGGCAAUAGCAUAUAUUAAGGAUGUGAAUUUUGUACCAAGCAGACCAGAUAUUGAUGUCCUAAAAAUGACUAAGCCUCCUUUUGUUAUGGACAAGUGGAUUGUUGGAAUUCAAGAAAAUGAGACUGUUGAAUGUAUUGUGAAUUAUGAGAAUGAUGUGCGAUCACCAAAAGUCACAAAGCAUUACCAUUCAGUACAAUGGCCAAUAAGUGGUCAGGAUGAAAUUAAAACUGUCCAGCUUCUAAUACAGACUGGGAUUGCAAAGGACAGUGAAGGAAAACCAAGAAGCCAGACAGGAUCAAAUGUGGAUCCCAAAUGGAUACACAACUUGCGAAUGAGACAGCUGUUCAAUGACCAGAAGCCUCCUGCUGCCUUACCUCAUUCUGCUAGCUCCAGCGUGACUACUUUACCUCAGUUUCUUUCCUUCUGUUCUGACCAAGCUUCCUAUGCAUCAGCAGUGAGGAGACCUUCAAAUCAUCUACAGCCCUCCUCCUGGAACAGUUCAAGAAGCUCUUCCCCAACAGGCGGACUCACCAGAAAAAUAUCUGGUGUAUUCCUUGACUCCAAAGGAAACAGCUCUUCCAGUACAACUUCAGAAAGCAUGUCAGAUAAAGAGCGCUCCUACACACCCAGGGCAAGAGGGAGUUACCACAAUAGGGACUCAAAUGCAGGAGCUUGGAAGACAGUCCACGGGAAUAAUUACAACCUGACGCCUUCUGCGCCAUUUCGGCAAGACAAUAGACACCACAGACCCUACCAUCAGACUCGUACUUUGACACCGAAAACAAAUAAUUGGGGUCAAGCAUCCCAUAAGCACUCACCGCCAAUACCAGGCAUGUUCAUACCAGUGGAUGACAAUAGCAAAAGUGACACAGAAGAUGCCAAAGCUAGUGAAGGAGGAUGGAUUAAAGUGCAGCGCCAGAAGAAAUCUUCAAAGCAGGACAGCAAACAGAUGAGAGGUCGGCCAAGGAGAGGAAGCCGUGGUCGUGGUCGCAAUUGAUCUUAGGAUUCCAUAGGAUGCUCAAACGCACAUCUCUUUGCUAUAGAACUUCUUUUGACAAGCCAGGGUUUAACAUUUUAACAGUAUGUAUUGACCAUGUUUCCUUAUAGUCAGUGUAUUAUAAAUUGGUUUACCAUUGAAGGCUUGAACAGUCAGGAUUAAUGGUAAGUGCAAUAUGUACAAUUUUCACAUUGCUGGAACUUAAAGUAAAUACUGACGAAAGAAUAAUGUAGAUACAAAUAUCUUCAGUGGCAAAACCAAAGAUUUUUUUUAGUACAAAUUAAGGUGUAAGUGACAUGUCUAACAACUAUCCAUAUAUUUUUGAGACCACUUUUUCAACUAUAAGGUCAUAGGUAGUCAGAGCUUAUCUCAAAACCAUUGUGUUCAAGAUGAAAAACCAAACCCUGGGUGGG